CCUGCCCGCCCUGCCCCGGCUCCGGCCCUGCCCCGGGGCUCGCAGCUCCGCUCCGCGCAUCCCUGGCCGCCUCCGGGGCAGCAGGAUGGUUCCCAUCGUCCUGGAGGUGACCUGCAGCUUUGUCACCUGGCUGUGUCUGUACGGCUGCUUCUGCCGCUGGAACAGGCAGCGUUCCUGCAAGUGGAGCUGCCGCCUCGUCACCCUCCUGCACGGGCUCAUUGUCACCUGCCUCUCUGGCUACGUCGUGUUCCUGGAUGGCCCCUGGCCUCUGACCCACGCAGGUUCACCAAACACCCCUCUCCAGAUCCACGUGCUGUCCCUGACCUUGGGCUACUUCAUCUUUGACCUGGGCUGGUGCCUGUACUUCCAGACAGAGGGGGACCUGAUGCUGCUGCACCACACCCUGAGCAUCUGUGGCAUGAUCCUGGUGCUGGGGCUGGGCAAAUCCGCCACGGAAGUGAACGCUGUGGUGUUUGUCAGUGAAAUCACCAACCCCCUGCUCCAGACCCGCUGGUUCCUGCGGGAAAUGGGCUCUUACCACACCGCCCUGGGAAAAGUGGUGGAUUUCCUCUUCGUGCUCCUCUUCCUGGUGCUGCGGAUCGGGGCAGGAGCGUGGAUCGUGUACGGGAUGGUGACGUCCCCCGAGCCCAACUGGCUCCUCAAGGCUGGGGGCCUGGCCAUGUACAUGGUGUCCUUGGGGUUCAUGGUUGAGAUUUGUCGCUUUGUAAGGAGGAAAGUGUGGAAAAAAACCCCUUCCCUGGAUACACAGUCUUUCCAGGAGUAGGAAUGCACCUGUGGAAACUUCCUGGCUGCUCGUUAACGGGUUGUGGAGGUCAAUCCCCUGGGUUUGGGGCCUGGCUGCUGGAGCUUGUUCCUGUGAAAAGAACUCCUAAAAAUGACAAGGAAUUGACUUUCUGCUGCCCCUGGAGGAGAUGGAUCGGCGCUAGAAACAUGGAAAAGCUGAGAGAAGAGGGAUUUGAGUGGAAACCUAAGGAAGCUGACGCUGAUUCCCUGACUUCUCCAGCAAUGGUACAGUCUCGAGGAGGGUGGCAAUGCCAGACCUGAUCAGUCUGCAACCAAUAAUUGCACAGUCUGUAUGUUCUGUCCUCAUUUCCAAGGUACAGUUAUUUGACAGCGUAGAGAAAAUCAAAUAAGAAAAAUGCCAUUUUCCUGCCAGUGGGGCUGGGUAAGGGGAGUGACCUGGCAAAGGUUUCCUGAGCCUCGCUCUCCUUAAUCCUGGAUUUGGACAAUGUGCUUGGCUAAGUACUCGAGUGAAAUCCUCUGAACACGACUGAAGUGCUUGCAGGGGUGUAGUGGAGCUGUCCUUUGAGAGUGUGAAGUGAUGGUUCUCGAGGGGAGGCAGUGUUUUACCUUGGUUUUUAAUGAUACAUUUCCUUUUCUUUUUUUUAACACUGGCAUUGGGGCAGGUGCUGAUCUCAGAGCAGAGUGAUUUCUCUGGGACUGACUCAGGUCCUCACAAACAAGAGUCAGGAAUUAGACUUGUGCCAAUAAACUCCACGAGCAGGUGUUGGCCUGGACUUGGAUUGCUUAAGAGGAAUAAUCAGGCUUUUUGUGGGAGAGGGAGGAUAGCAAAGAGCCCCUCUGGAUGCUCUUCCUGUCCUGGGGUUGGCUCAUUUACAAGCCACUUAAGCAGAAUUCUUGGCUAAUGAGUCAAAUAUGUGACAAUUUCCAGGGGUGCCAGUAAUGUUUAGGCAGAUCUCAGUGUGACAUCUGCUCCACACCAGCAGGCCUCGGAGCAUGGAACAGUUCUCUCAUUUUCUUUACCUCUCAGAAUCGUGUUCUGACAUUUUCCCUGGGGUUUUAAUGUGAAUUUCCCUCUGUUUAAGGCCACAGUUCAGAUUUAGUCUCCUCUAAAAGCCUCACUGAGAGCUGAGAAGCAAAUGCAGGGGUGAGGGAGGGGAGCAGUGUGGAUGCAGCUCCUCCACUCCCCUUAUCUCACUGACUUUGGCUCUGUUCAGAGCCGAUAUCAGCCUUUGGCUGGGGCUCCUCAAGGUGUCUGCAGAGAUUAAAAAAUGACCUGAAGUAACCUCACUUUUGACACAUCCACUGAAAGCAUUGCAGCUGUGAACCCAGGCAAGUUCCUGGGCCAGUAUUUUUAGGAAAGCAGGAGCCAGAGUGGGCACCUGCCCGGGUCACUGUGCUCUUCCAAAAACUCCUCUGAGUGAAGGGACUUUUAAUAAAGUCAUGUUCUCUUUCGAAAAAGAA